GUCGUGGGGGACGCGCCGGUCCCCAGCAUGGCGGCCGCCUGGCCCUCCGGGCCGGUUGCUCCCGAGGCUGCUGCCGCCCGGCUCCUGGGUGUCUUGUGGUUCAUGUCAGUCACCACGGGACCUUGGGGAGCUGCCGCUGGCGGCGGCGAGGAGACACUCAAGUGCGAGGACCUCAAAGUGGGACAAUAUAUUUGUAAAGAUCCAAAAAUAAAUGAUGCUACACAAGAACCAGUUAACUGUACAAACUACACAGCUCAUGUUCCAUGUUUUCCAGCACCCAACAUAACUUGUAAGGAUUUUAGUGGCAAUGAAACACAUUUUACUGGAAAUGAAGUUGGUUUUCUGAAGCCCGUAUCUUGCCGUAAUGUAAAUGGCUAUUCAUACAAAGUGGCGGUUGCACUGUCUCUUUUUCUUGGAUGGUUGGGAGCAGAUCGAUUUUACCUUGGAUACCCUGCCUUAGGUUUGUUAAAGUUUUGCACUGUAGGGUUUUGUGGAAUUGGGAGCCUAAUUGAUUUCAUUCUUAUUUCAAUGCAGAUUGUUGGACCUUCAGAUGGAAGUAGUUACAUUAUAGAUUAUUAUGGAACCAGACUUACAAGACUAAGUAUUACCAAUGAAACAUUUAGAAAAACACAGUUAUAUCCAUGAAUAUUGUUUAAAAGAAACAGAUUUGGGCCUCCUUGAUUGUAAUGGAGAACUUUCAGUAUGUGGAUUUCCAGAUUUUCCUUUUUCCUUCUCACACACCACUUUAUGGAUUCUUUUUAAUUUUUUUAUUGUUGAUGUUUUUGUUUUGUUGUUAGUUAAAAGCAUAUUAUUCUGAGAUUUAUUUAAUAGAACUUUCUUUGAGAGCUAUAUGAUAAUAGAGUCUUUUUUAGAGUAUCUAUCUCAUAGAGUCCACUGUCUCUAUGAGAUAGAUGCCUUAUUACCCUGAUGUCAGUGUCUUUUCUAAAGGCAAGUUGCCACUUGUCCUUUUCACUUCUGAAAAAUAAAAGUAUGACCUAAUC